CUCGGCUCGGGUUACAGUUGAGCUCGAGCUGCUGCACUCAGCGGAGUGCGGAGAGUGUGCGUUACACGGUUACAAAAAAAAAAAAAAAUCAUAUAGGCUACCGGCAUGGAAAUGUUGGCGGGCGGAUUUAGGGCCACCGAGCAGGCUGUUGAGCAGGUCUAAUCUCCACUCUGCACUUUUUUUGUUCCUGAACGGUAACAAACAAGGGGGAGACGUACAUAUAUUUACGCACUGGCAACGCAGCAUGCCCGAGUUGGACUAGAGGCGACUCUGCUGGAGCGCAACACGCACGCGGAACGGCGCUGAGAGCCGGGAGGGAUAUUUACAAUAGAAACUCAAUUCCUUUGCGAAGAAGAAUAGCAGGUGGAGGGGGGUGAGUGAAAGAUAACACUGGAAUGAAGUGGACCUCGGGAUUCCCAGCGUGCUGCGGAGUUGUGACUGAUGGAUGAAUGUGGUCAUCUGUAGGCUAUAUACAGCGACAGGUACAGACACCAUCAGGGGAGCUUUGACAAAGACACGGCGCAGCGCUUCAUCUGCAGCCGCAUCGCCAAAACUGUGUCUCCAAAAUAAAAACCCUGUGUGAUUGGUUAGAUCUGUUUCACCACACACCAGAUCGUGUCUCCGAGUUGUCCCUACAGAGCAAGAAGGUCAGGAAGGGCUGCUUUUGUCUCAGCCACAGGUCAACCAGGACACUCGGGGGCUGCUUUCCUACCAGAUCCUAACAAGAACCGGGGCUCCUUCGCACGUCCAGCGGACAGUUCACCCAAGGACACGGGGGCCUGGAGCAGAUUUUAAGAAGUCGGACAGAAGGACAUGUAUCUGAUAUCGACCUCACAUGCUCCCGACUGAUCGUAGCUCACCUUCCCACCGGGCGAACCACAGAUAAAGGCUGCCAGGCGCACUGUUCGACGCUCUGAGUUAUCGGCUCACUGUCUGUACAUUUAUCAGAAUGGCGGGGCUAGGUUGUUGGAAGUAUUAUCUCUGGAUCUUAAUUUUAAUGUGCAGGUCGGCGUUACCUGCGGCCAAAUCGCUGGAGACUAUAAUUUGGAGCUCACAGAAUCUCAAGU